AUGCGGACGGUACGUGGAGCGAUUAUAUUUUGUAAAUUUUUUUUGCAAUCAGUCGUACGAAUACGUUUUUAAACUGUCACUCGUACGAAACGUCCUCACUGUGGAAAGAUACCGAAAGUGUCCAAAAGAUGUCAGGCAACAAUUUAAACAAGUGGCACAACAUAAAUACACAGUGGCUCGGGAUACACAUUUAGAGAAUCCGAUGGCCCAGUUAUAUUUAAUCGAAAAACUGAACGCGGUACAACAAAACAUGGAUUUAUUAGGACGCGAUAACCAACAGAAUUACACGAGUGAAAAUAGUACAAUCAUGGUAGAAAAUCGUGGUGGAAACAAUGAGAUUACAGAUGAAAAUUCUGCCACUUGGAACAAGAAAACGAGUGAAAAUGAUACUCCAACCGCAGCACCCGCCACACCUCAAGAACGUACAUAUUGUUCGAAAGAAAACGGUCACAAACACUCCGAGUGUUACUUGAUAAAUAAAAUGUCGGAAGAAGAUAGAUUACACAAAAAGGCGUCGAGAAAAUUUGCAGAAUUAGAACUACAACGUAAACAGUUGGAAAUACAAAGAUCGCAAUGGGAAUUUCAGAGAGAUAAAUAUCAAAGUGAAAUUCGUUGGGCCUACGAUCUUCGUAUACUGCAAUAUCGCGAAGAACAAGUAAAACGUAGUUUGAUCUGUAACAUGUAAUUUCAAAUAAUAAAUUUUAAUACCCAUCGUUCGCGAGUAAUUGGGCGGGCGUUGCACACCAGCGUGAUAUUUAGAUGAUUAGGCGUUGUUAUUAUUACGAGCGAAAUACAACUAGACGAUAAAGAGAGAAGAGAAAGAUACAGCGUUCAUUUCAAAAAAUCAUCCCUCGUAUCUGUAAAAAGAAGCAUUUUGUACAUUUUUUUUUUUUUUUUUU